CUCCCCGGUGGAGUCAGUCUUGUUCUAUGCCAUCACUGCCCUCCACAACCUGCUGCUGCACCAGGAGGGGGCCAAGAUGGCGGUGCGUAUCGCUGAUGGCCUACAGAGGAUGGUUCCAUUACUGAAGAAGAGUAACCCCAAAUUCCUGGCCAUCACCACCGACUGUCUGCAGCUCUUGUCUUACGGAAACCAGGAGAGCAAGCUGAUCAUCCUAGCCAAUGGGGGCCCAGAGGGUCUGGUGUACAUCAUGAGGAACUACAACUAUGAGAAGCUGCUGUGGACCACCAGCCGUGUCCUCAAAGUGCUAUCCGUCUGUCCCAGCAACAAACCAGCGAUCGUAGAGGCUGGAGGGAUGCAGGCUUUGGGCCAGCAUCUCACAGGCUCCAGUCAGCGUCUGAUCCAGAACUGUCUGUGGACGCUCCGCAAUCUGUCCGACGCUGCCACCAAGCAG